GUUUCUGUCUGGUCGUUUAAGCAACACGACAAACCUUAUCAACAGAUUUUCGUGUCCUCAAAAUUCCUUAACGGUUUUAAGGAAGAGAGAGAGAGAGAGAGAGAAAGAAAGGAACUGAGAAAACAGAAUGUCAAAUUCUACAUCAUCUCUCUUCAAUUCUCAGUUCUUGAUACAAAGCAGUAGUACUCCAAUAAUUCCUUGUUCCACAAAUACUGGAAAAUGGAGCAUCAAAAUUAGAGCUUCAGCUGCUUCUUCUUCUUCGUCUGCUGCUGCUGGUGUUGACUUGAACACCCUCCAAAACGCCAUUUCUAAGAAAGAUAGUAAUGCUGUCAAAGAGGCGCUUGAUCAGCUAGUUGAAGUUAGUUGGGCCAAAAAGUGGAGUUCUCAACCAUAUGUCUCACGUCGCACGACAUCUCUCAGAGAGCUGACAAAUCUCGGAUUAAAAAAUGCAGAGAACCUUGCAAUCCCGAGUGUCAGAAAUGAUGCAGCUUUUCUGUUUACAGUGGUAGGCACCACAGGGUUUUUGGGUGUUCUUGCUGGCCAACUUCCUGGGGACUGGGGUUUCUUUGUUCCAUACUUGAUCGGAAGCAUAUCUUUAGUAGUUUUGGGAAUUGGAAGUACUUCCCCAGGGCUCCUUCAGGCUGCCAUUGAUGGAUUUUCAUCAUUUUUUCCUGAUUACCAGGAGAGAAUUGCCAGACACGAAGCAGCUCAUUUCUUAGUUUCCUACCUAAUUGGUCUCCCUAUCCUUGGGUAUUCACUGGAUAUUGGGAAAGAGCAUGUCAAUUUAAUUGAUGAAAGACUGGAAAAGCUGAUCUACAGUGGGCAGCUUGACUCAAAAGAACUUGACAGGCUGGCAGUAGUAGCGAUGGCCGGGCUGGCAGCAGAAGGGCUAAAGUAUGAUAAAGUUGUUGGUCAAUCAGCUGACCUUUUCACUCUUCAGAGAUUUCUAAACAGAAGCAAGCCGUCGCUUAGCAAAGACCAGCAACAGAACCUUACAAGAUGGGCGGUUCUAUUUGCUGCUUCACUACUGAAAAACAAUAGCAAGCUUCAUGAAGCCCUAAUAACGGCAAUGACAAACAAGGCAUCGGUCAUAGAAUGCAUAGAAGCAAUUGAGAAGGCAGCUUGAUCUUACUCCAGAAAUGUGACUAGGGGACUCACAGAUCAAGAAACAUAUGUCAAUUUUUUUAUCCUAAAUUUGCAAAAUAUCGAGGAAAAGAAAGAAGUAUAUAUAUAAAUAUGCUGAAAAGUGACGAACACGUUCUGGUUUCUGAUGUUGAUGUUGAACAUAUGAAAUGUUACCCGUGCAUGUGUUGCUGAGAGAAACAGGUACCCGGUGAAUUAGUCGAGGUACGGGCAAACUAGCUCAGACAUGACUGUUAUAAAACAAAUGAAAUGAACCUGCUCUGUGGCAUAUGUCUUUUUAUAGAUGUGCAUUUUAUUUUUUGUA